CUAUCUUUUAAUAUUCUCAGUAAUUCCUCAGAAAAUGCAGUUAGCAUUAAAUAUUUUUAAUAAAUUUUAUACCUAAACGCAACUCCACAGAUUUUUCUAUUGAAAGAAAGUAGAACUAACAGUUUGACAUGUAUGUAAAUAAUAAUUUGCAUAUAAAAGUCAAGUUCAAGAAGUUUCACUGUUUUGUUCGAAGUCACAUCUAUGCAUCAGUGAAUAUCUUCAAUAGAGAUAUAAGUUGCUUUAAUAUUGUAAGCUUUGGUUUUGUAAUUAUGGAGAAGAUAUUUGUAACAUUAGCUGUGAUUCUCUUAGUCUCCGUCAUUUUGAAUACAGUAAUGGCACACGAGCGGAGUGAAUAUACCAAACAAAUCAAUACGUCAACGGCGGUUCUCUCCAAAAUGAAACCCGAUAUAGUACAAGAUGUUAUAGAUAAAAAAUCUAUAAAAAAACAUAAAAAAUCAAAGAGAAACGCAUAUAGAAGAAACUGGUCAUCUAAAUUGAUGAACUACGGAGGUUAUAUGCCUCCUUACUUGGUCUUCAACAGAAAAGUUGGUGCUUACUAUCCCUAUUACAAUUAUCCAAAAGAACAAGGCAUCACGAGACGGAACAUGUAUACUAAGAAACAGUCAUUUAAAAGUUAAAAUGGUUGCAAUGGACUUAAGUUUCCCUAUUUAGUUUAUACUGUAAAUAUAAGAAAAUAAAAAUUAAAAAGUCUAGAUAAAGUCGAAAUUGUUAGCAUUCUUUGACAAAAAUAUUCGCCGCUGAUACAUUCACUGUAGAAACGUGUUAAAAACGACAAAAAAAUUGUUUAAUCUUAUGAAAGAAUAAAGAAAGAAAUAAUAUGAUUCAGUUGUUAAAUUAGUAUGGGGAGAUUCAACAUUUUUAGUUGUUUUUGAAUUAGCUAUUCACGUAAUUUCUCUCUUAAUAUCUUCUAUAGUAUAUUCUAAGUUUAACUUAAUUUUAUUUUAUUAUACUAAUAAAUUUUAAGUACAAUUUCGAUUUUACCAGUAUACGACUUGAUUGAGUACAUUAAAGUUUAUUUUCCUUUAACUGCAUUUCUGCAGAUAUUUUUUAUUUUCCUUAAAAGAAUUAUGUAUCUAAUAAUAAGUAAGUUAUUAUUACAUGGAGGAAAAAAGAAUAAAAAAAAUCAAUUGUACCUACUCAUGCAUCAUUCGUAUACAUUUGAUAUCUGGUUGUGUUACUGAAUGUUUGUCCCCUUUACAAAACCAGUUGAGUUAUAUAAUAUUGUUUUUAAUCCUUGAUGCAUCAUGAAACAAGGUCUUGUAUGGUGGGAAAUAAUUUUAAUUAGAUAAAUAAAUGCAUUUGUACACUCGUAAGUUUAAGGUAGUUGAGGUUAAAGCCAGAUCAUUUGACCUAUCGUAAAGAAUUUACAAUACCUAAUUUUUUUUCAAAAAUACUUUUCAUACACUGCAAGAAUCACUUUGUCACUGCCAUAUCGACAUCAAAGCGAUUAAUAAAUAAUUCAUUGCAAUGGAAAACUUACUAGAAUGUCAUUUAUUAAUAGAUGCCAUACAUUUACGCAUACUAUAAACAAAUACCAAGAAGUUAGUAUUGACGUUGUAAGGUAAUAUAAAUAAAAUAUGUAUAGGAAUUGUCAACACUGAUCAAUUAUUUUAAUUGGUUUAUUUUUAAUUAAAUAUGCUUUAUGCUUUAUGAUAUGAAGAGUAAAAAUAUAGAUGUAAUUGCUAGUAAUUUAUUAGCUUGCAGUCAAUAUUAUUUCCUUUAGGAGCGAGGAUAUUACUUAAUUUAUUUCAUUUACAUAAUACCUACCAACGAUAUAAUUUAUUUGUGUUGUGUGAACAAUAAUUUAAAUUCAUAAUUUUAGUUUUAAUUUUUUUAUAAAGAAAUUACAUAGCUACCAUUUAGGUUGCAACUAAGGUGGCAAUCAAGCAUACAUACCCAUCUGAU